AGUUCGGUCGAGUCAGCACCAGCAGAUGCACUCUUAUCGAGUUGGAAUUAGCUGACACAGGCCGGGCUCCCUUCGUAGGCAUAGCCCCGGCGAAGUUCAGCAAAGUAUAUCUGGCUUAUCUUUACUGUCGGCAGUAGAGGUUCGGGGACUACUAAGGAAGAUUCCCUCUUCUAGAACUGGAUUUCUUUUAAGGUUGAUGUUUGGCACAGACUGCUAGUACCCUGCCUAAUGCUGCAAGAUGGAACACUGGGAUAUCAUGCCGUGCCAAUGCCCGGAGCAAAAGGGCAACAUACCAACACAGUAUUUGUCAAUCAUCAAACUGCAGAAUAUCAACGAAUUCAAAGCAAGCAUUCAAGACACAGAAACUAUCAAUGCCCCGCUGGAAGAAGACUCCCUGACUAUGUUACAUAUCGCAUGCAAAUUCAACAGAACAGAUUUAGUACAGUAUUUGCUCUCACUUCCCGAUCUUCAUCUCAACUUACUCGAUAGUCAUGGCUGGACACCCCUCAUGUGGGCAGCGUAUGAGGGCUUCACCGACUGCGUUCGUCUGCUGGUUAAUGUGAAGGAAAAGUGUGUCAUUAACCUGAGGACGAAAGGCAAGAGUGGCUUCAACGCGUUCCGUCUGGCGUGCAAAGGGAGGCACUGGGACGUCGCCAAUGUUCUUAUGCCUCACCUCCUUCCCCACGACAAGUUUGAUGACGGCCGCCUCCUUCCUAAGUUAGAAGCGAAGUUAGACGACGACCUCGCACUAGAAACCCUCUGUGGUUCACUCCGGAAGCUAAGGGUUCUCGGAAACAACGUAGACACAGCGGUCCUCAAUGGCACGCUCUUCCUAGCCAGUGAGAAACAGGUGGAAGUCGUUGUGUUUUUACUCGAGACUUACACCUUCGACGCCCUCAUACUGAACGAGGCUUUGCUGGAAGCCGCUGGGUCGUGUUGGUCGUCCGGUAGCAGUGUGGUCAGGGCUCUGCUGAGAGAAAAUGAGUUUGAAGGUGACGUGCUGGUCAGAGCAAAGUCCUUAGCUGAAACGUGUUCCCAUGAUGACGUGGUGGAUCUCCUGGAGCACAUGGCAGUUCAUGGCGUGAUUCCGGACAUUGAACACGAUUCACAAGAGUUCGCCCCGUGCAGAUGCCCUCAGCCCGAAGACCUUGAGUACCCGGACUACAAGCUUAGGAAAGCAAUGCACCACGUAGGCCCGAUGAAUCUCCAGUGUUUGCUAGAUGCCGCCUGCGUUACUAAUGACAUCUCCAUAGUGAAGAUGCUGCUGGACCACCGCCACAUCCACCUUAACUUCCGGGACCAGCAAGGAUACACGCCCCUUAUGACCGCUGCCAAGGAAGGCUUCAGUGAAGUCGUCAAUGCUAUGACACUCUCGUCCACGAGGUGUGGCCUCAACAUCUGCGCCAGGUUAAACAGUGGCGAUAACGCGUUUAAUCUAGCUUACGCUGAGAAGAACUGGAAGACCAUGGGCCUUCUACUCCACAAGUGCGACAGAGAAGCCACCGCCGACAAGCAGCUGAUUCAAGUCCUCACGCAGUCCAACCUGAACGAACUUCGAUCACAACUUAGGACUCAGACUUACACCCCAAGUGCUCUGCUUGGCGGGCUCUUCUCGGCUCUUUUCUUGCGGAAUUCCGAGGCUGCGAUGGAACUUCUUCACUACCAGAGCUCCGACCUCGAAAGGCUCUGUAUUGUGGCGACCGUAGCAGCCAUGGAUGGCCAGUGGGACGCGGUGAAGGCGGUGACGGACAUUCUGGAGAAAAGGGAUCUCAGUAGGCGUCAAAUAUCCCAGCUGGAGGUCGUGCUCUGGGAAGCCGUCCGUGCCAAUAAGGUGGCCAUGGUGAGGGUGCUAAGCGACAUCCUACGUGUUAACCCUCGCACAGCAGUAACCGGGAGACCCACGACGUCUGAACAGGAGGCCCACACGCGCGGCCAUACAGACGUCGUGGCUACCUUCAACAAAAACGCUCCUCCAGCCAAACUUACGGCCGAAGAGCAGCAGAUCAUUAGAGCAAUGAAGCUCCAUAGUCAGCGAGUGAACGAUCUCUUCAUCGCAGUGUGGGCUGGCCUAAUUGAAGAUGUGAAUAAGAUUCUGUCCUCGAGGAGCGACGUAAGCAUCUCCCUCCCUAGCUUUGUGCGUGAGAUCGGGGGCGCCACCUUGCCUCACGUCCUUAUUGCGGGUAUGCAAGUAUGUACGCAGAAUCCUGUUUGGAGGGAUUCCAAUGAAGUGGAGAGGUUGAUUACGGCGCAUCGUCUAUACAUGAAUUCAGUUGAUUGCAAAGGACGGACUGCCCUACACCUCUUGGCUGAAGGAAAUUUCUGGGACAGACGUUACCAAAAAGACACCUCAAGCCAAAAGUCGGUUCCCGCGGGAUGGAAGGACCCUUACGACGAGCGCGCCCAGAUGGCUUUGGAUGCAAAGGUGGAUCCGAGGCUCAGGGACCAUCGGGGCCAAAGCCCUCAGGAGAUCGCCUUGGACAAGGAACGAAUUGAGCUCGCAAAGACGCUAGGAGAUAAAUGCGAGGAACUAGGUCCUCUGGAAACGCCGGAAGAGAAAGACCUAUCUGAGAAAUUCGAGAAGAUGCUGAGAGCCGCGAGCAUGGGUGACGUGGAACAGACUCUGUGCCUUCUUCAUGAGCGAGUGCCACUUGAGCCUCGGGAUGGGUAUUCCGGACCCCUUCACCUGGCACUUACUCGAGGGCAGCGUGAUGUCAUGAUGCUGUUACUGGCUGGAGGAGCGCCGAUUACUGCCACUAGUAGUGAUGGCCUCACCAUACUUGAAGCUGCACACCGCACUCCCGACCUGCCUGCACUCUUUCCAGCCAUCAUUAGGGAGGCGAUGCAGGAGUAUGUGAAGGGUAUAUAUGAAGAAAGGAUCAGUAUUAAAGGUGACAGCGAAGAGGAGAAGCUUCUAAAAGACGGUCUCUUUGAACUGCAGAAAGAGGUACAAAGAAGAGGACACAGGACGUCUUGGCCAGAGAAUUAUAAUCUUGGGGAUAACUGGAGUUUGCUGACUACAGCCGCACGCCUUGGCCUGCCCUUGGCUAGUCAUUUUCUUGUGCAGGGAGGUGCCAGAACUGAUUUAAUUCCUAAUGAUAGAAAUCAUCCUCUGGCUGCUGCCUUUGAAUUUUCUGAGCAACAUAUGAUGGUCACCUUGUGCAGAGACUUGCAGAUCAUGCCAUAUCACGUACCCAAGCUACAUGAAGACAACCUGCCUCACGGCCUUCUCACACAUCUUAUGAAGAAAGAGGAAGAUGUUCUCUAUGAACUAAUGAUCAAAGAAAAAAGACGAGCAUCAAUGGUCCAGGAAUUUCUAGACUACUUAUCAGAUCUCCAAAGUUCAAAACAACUGUGUCAUCCUUCAACUUCAGCAAUGUGUCUAAUAGGAGAACUGGGAAUGGUUCACACACUUCAUGCUAUAAGGAAACAAGUCAAAGUGGACUUGGAAGUGGAACUUGAACCUGGUUCAAAGUCUAGGUUGAUACAUCUAGCAGCUCAAAGAGGCCAUAAACCUCUAUUAGAAUAUUUGGUUCGCAGUGAUGUACAGACAGAUAUAGCUGUGAGUGGUGAUAUGAUGCCUGCACAUCUGGCAGCCCUCAUGGGCCACUCAACUUGCCUCAAGUACCUAAGGCAUUUCCCAGGUGAAUCUGCCAAGUCAGCUGUAGGUAUGACACCAGAUGAUAUAUUGCAAGCACAUAACGACUAUGUUAAAUCAGUACAUCUCAACCUUGUUUCAGAUUGGGAGGAAGAUAAGAUCAUGAAUGAAAGUCGCACGGAGGUAAGCACUCGGGUGUUGCUGCGUGGCAAGUGUGUAAGGCUCGGUAUUACAUCUCCUGCAACUCUGCGUCAGUGUGCACUAGAUAAGAAAGUUGAUUUCAAUGAUUCACAUAUCUACCGCAUGAAGAUCACAAUAGAAAAAGAAAUGAAAAGAUUAUGUGAAGCAAUUGCCAGAGCUGACAGUCGUUACAAAGGACAUAUAGUGAAUGUAGGAUCUGUGGCUGAGAAUGUUCGGAUGUUACUGCCUGAUGAAAUGGACUUUAAUCUUCAACUAGAUUCUUACGAUGGCUUUAAGGAAGGUAAAGUCACCAUCAAUGUUGAACAAAAAACAAAGAGUUGCAAGAGACUUGACUGCACUGAUGACGAAGUGAAAAUAAGUGUCCAAUGCAAAGAAGACCCAGAAUUGUUUAGAGGAAGUAACUUCCUGAAAUAUUUUGAAAAAGCUGUCAGGAAGGCGCUACAAACGUUUAGUUUUGAAAGUCCAAACUUAUCUAUAAUUUAUCCAGGAAUAGAAAUGACGAAAGUAGGCCUUGCCCUUUUCGUCACUUGGAGUGAGAAACGGAAUGGGCCACUAGUUUUGAUGCCCAGCAUAGACUUGGUACCAGCUAUAGGUGUUCCAUGGCCUGAGGGUAAUUGUUUCUCGCAGUUACCUGAACAUAUACAAGAAGUAGCAAAAAACGUACCGGUAAGUAUUACAUGCUGUGGAGAUAAUUCUUGGAGGUACAGCCUGUCUGAAGUAGAAGCUGAAAUUCUUUCCAGCAUCACAGACGAGCAACGAGUUGUUAUCCUAGCAUGUAAACUCUUGUGUUCUCUGCUCAAGGCAGAUUGGUGGUAUCCUAAAAAAUAUAGGAAUCACUACAUGGUAUGGGAUCAUGUUUAUCUCAAGCUGAAUGUCCCUGUAUCUUACAUCAUAAAGACGUUGUUCAUCAAGGAGUUAUCCUCGCAGACCAAAGAAGAAUCCUGGAAUAAUGAGAACUUCAUGGAACGAGUGAUGUCCAUAUUUCGAGGCAUGGUCCUCAUCAGUGAAGAUAAGGAAGUAAUUCGGGCGGAUAAGGUGCCUUCUUUUCUCCUCCCCAAUUUUGAAUCGCAAAGAUUCGGCGAUGGAGCUCCUACCAUCAUAAAGUUUCUUGAAGAUUUAGCAGCAGGCAAGAUUUGCAGUGUAGAAAAGGAAAAUUGGCCACAACACACUCAUAUCUAUGAAAAGGAAGAGUUUGAAACACUUGAGGAAUAUAAUACCCAUAUCGUGGUGAAGCCAGUAAAACAACACCAUGUUUGUCCAGAAUAUGAAAGCACAAACGAUUUUGACAAGAUUGAAUGUUCUAGUAGCGAGAACGAGGAUUUCGAUGUGUAUGGAUGA